AUGCGUCUUCAUUGGUUACUCUUAGACACAAAGUGCCGAUUUGUGUCUUCAACCUGCCACAGGCCGAAUCUACAUCUCACGCAUGUUCAUUUUUAUGAGGCAGUCUUCCCCUUUCAGAAAAAGACUCUCACGCCGUCUGCAAAUCCUCAUCUUCGCUCCGAAAACUCAUCUUCUCCUCCCGUUUCCACCAUCUUACUUCCAUCGACGAGACCUCCUCCUGCCUCCGCAAUCGCUCCGUCACCAGCACCUGGUUUCACAGAUCCUCACCACAUAGUUCCGUCGGCUCUCCUGCUACCAGAUUCCGACUCCGGUGCCCACACCGUCGAAUGCUCAACACCCCCCGAUUCAAUCGGGUCUUCCUUGCCGUCCACACAAAGUCACCAUCUCGCACAUAAAGCCCACAACGCUGAGGCCCAAUCCUCUUCUACACUCAGCCCAUACACUCAGCCCAGAAACACAACAAGCCCACUCUUCUUCUUCUACGGCCCAUACUGA